AUGUGGCAGCCAGUGGCGUGUGUUGGCGGGGCGGCGGUGCAAGGGCAUGUUGGUGAUGCACCUGCUGGUGCCGCUGUCCUUGGUCAGGGACCUGCCAGCGGUGAGGGUGGUGGGGGGGAGGGAGGCGGUGGGGAGGUGAAGGGAGGGCAGAAGGAGGAGGGGAUGGGGUGGAAGCAGCGGAGGAGGGAGAGGCAGGGGCGGCGGAAGCAGGAGCAGCGGCGGCAGAGGUGCGUGUGGGUGUGGGUGCAUGCACUCAUGCUGCCCGACGCCCUGGCCGCCCUCACAGCCGCCAGUCAGCAGAUGGGGUUGAGCUGCUCUCAACCCAUGCAGGGGCAGGAGAGUGGCAGCGAGCAGAAAGGCCGGAGGCGGAGGCGGGUGAGUGUGGAGAGCCGUGAGGGCGAGCUGUGUCGUGUGGAGGUGGCGGGGCGAACAGCCCUCCCCCUGCUGCUCUCCGUGCUGCGCCCCUCCACCCCUUUGGACGCCCUCUCCCCCGUGCUGCUCCCGCCACCCUUCCCUGCUGCUGCUGCCCCCGCCUCUGCUUCGCCUGCUGGCCGCUCUGCCUCGCCCGCUGCAGCAUCAGCGCGCCUGCAGCAGUCGGAAGCGUCCUGGAAGGUGCUGGCAGAGCAUGGGGCGCAUCUCCCUGGAGGGGCCGUGGUGGGGUUCAGAGCCGUGGAUGCCCGGCUGAUGGCGGGCAGCGGGAAGGAGGCUGCUGGGGGUGCUGGAAGUGUUUCUGUGGCACACAAGGGUGAUCUCUGUUUUGAUUGGUGGAGAGAUGUGUCAGGAUCCGUUGAUGGGGGUGCCAUUGCCGCUGCUCCCAGCCUGUGGGUUCCGAGAGAGCAACGGAGGGCAGGACGCUGCAGGGGGGAUGAUGAGGCAGGCAGGGAGAAGGGGAAUCGGUCAGGCGAGGAAAGUGCGGAGAUGCGUGAUGAGUUGCAGGGCGAGGAGGAGAUGAUGGGCGAUGAUGGGGAGGAGAGGGCGGAGAGGCGUGAAAGAGUGCGAGGGCAGGGAGGAGGCCCGGCAGGCACACCAGCCGCCAUGGCUGCUCUGCCUCCCCGCGGCCCUCCCCCCCAGCACCUGCUGGAUGUGUGGCGGCGCGCUCUCAAGCUGCAGGGGCUCAUGGGGGCGAAGGAGGCACGGCGCAUGGGGGAGAGCGUGGCGGGGCAGUGGGCACAGUGGCAGGCGGGCAGGGGGGAGGGGGGGAGUGGUGGGGAGGGGCGGGGAGGAGGAGGUGGGGCCUGUGGAGGAGGGGGGGAGGGAGGAGUGGUGUGUGGAGAGCAGCCAGGGUGCGAUGUGGUGGUGGUGAAGCAUGGGUGCGGUGCCAUGCAGGGUGCUGGCGUGACCAGGUGGUCGGUCAUCCUGCCAUCUGAUUGGCUGCAGGCGUGCUGGCACCCGUUCAUCCUGCACGGCGCGCAUGCCAUCGGGCUAGCGGAGAGGCACACGCUCUUCACAGCGGCGGGUCUUCCUCUCUUCCCCUACGACUACCCCGAGACCUUCUCCUACUGGUGCCACGUGGCAGCCUCCUAUUUGCUGCAGCGCGCCCGCUACGACCGCACACCACCCUCCAAGCGCCCUCUGCGCCCCCCCGUGCCGCCUGCCUGGGCUGCUGCUUCUGGCGUCUGGGGAGGGGUUGGGGGAGGAGGAGAGCGAGGGGGAGUUGGAGGGGAUGGGGGAGAAGGGGGUGGAGGGGAGGCAGAGGCAGUGUGUGGUGAUGGCAACGCUGACGUGGAGUUGAGGGUGGCCCGCUGCUCUGCUGACGUGCUCUCUGCCUUGCUGCCUGCCGUGCUGCGCAGUGGCUGUGGCGUUGCUGCUGAUGGGGACGGUGCUUUCGGUGAGGGGGCGGGCAGCAGGGGAGUGCGGUUGGACGGCCAUGGCACAGGAAAGGGCGGGAGAGGGCAGGCAGGGCAGGCGGGCAGGGGGGAAGGUGAGAGGGAGGAGAGAGGGGUGGGAGGGGCGCAUGGCUCACAGGUGAAUGUGGCGUGGAGGCGAGUUGGAGAGAGGGAGAGAGGCGAGGUCGCAUGGAAGGAGAGAGGAGCUGGUGCUGCUGGUGGGGGGAGUGUGGUGGAUGGGGAACGAGGGGGAGACGUGGGCACGGGAAUGGAUGUGGACUCGUGUGCGGCAUGCCCACCACUGCCCCUCCAUGGGCUCUCAAGCAGCGCAGCACCACAACGGCAGCAUGAGCAGCAGGGGAGGUGCAUGGUGGCGGUGCGAGUGGUGCCGGCGGGCAGAGGGGCAGCGCAGGCAGCAGCAGAGCUGUGUGUGCCGUCGCCUCAAGACUUCCACCGCUUCUGCUCGCGUCGCAAUGGGGCUGCUGUACAUGGGCUCGGCUCCGUACCUGGUGCCGUGGUUCGGAAGACGAAGCGGCAGGUGCAGAAGCAGAAGCAAGGGGAGAGGCGGCGAGGCACAGAGGAACAGCAAUAUGUGGCGAGUUUGAGAGGAAAGGAGGGGCUGCAGAGGAAGGAGGGCGAGGGAGCAAGGGGAGGGGGGGAAUGGCGUGGGGGGACAAGGCGCUGGAUUCGGGAAGUGAUUGGGUUUGUGACGAGUGUGGCACCGCGAGGCAGCAAGAGCCGAGUGUCACUGGGGUGUGUGCGCGCAUCAGCCUUGCACGCAGCUGCAUGCCGCCAAUUUUCCUCUGCCAUCCCCUCCCUCUCCUCCACCUCGCCCUCUGCCGCGCUUCUUCCUUCGCUGCGAGUGCUGCUGCUCAUGCGCUGCCCUGCCUCCUCUGCCUUCCGCCCCGUGCUCGUCUCACUGGCUGCGGAGGACUCGGGACACCUGGCAAGCACCGGUUGGUCGUGA